GCUGCGUAGCGGUGGGCGGAGCCAAGAUGGCUGAGAAAACACAGUUUCCUGCAUCUUCUGAAUCUCAGAAACCUCAACUGAAAAAAGCACCAGAGUUUCCUAUUUUGGAGAAGCAGAACUGGUUGAUACAUCUACAUUAUAUUCGGAAAGAUUAUGAAGCAUGCAAGGCUGUUAUCAAAGAACAGCUUCAGGAGACUCAGGGGUUGUGUGAAUAUGCUAUCUAUGUCCAAGCACUGAUAUUUCGCCUGGAAGGAAAUAUCCAGGAAUCCCUAGAACUCUUUCAGACAUGUGCUGUUCUCAGCCCUCAGAGUGCCGAUAACCUCAAGCAGGUGGCCAGAUCUCUAUUUCUUUUGGGAAAACAUAAAGCUGCUACUGAAGUAUAUAAUGAAGCAGCUAAACUUAAUCAGAAAGAUUGGGAGAUCUGUCAUAACCUAGGAGUUUGCUACAUGUAUCUGAAACAGUUCAAUAAGGCACAAGACCAGCUGCACAAUGCUCUGCAUCUUAACAGGCAUGACCUGACUUACAUAAUGCUGGGGAAGAUCUACUUGCUCGAGGGAGACUUGAACAAGGCCAUUGAAAUCUACAAGAAAGCAGUGGAAUUCUCUCCCGAAAAUACAGAGCUUCUUACAACUUUAGGAUUACUCUACUUACAGCUUGGCAUUUACCAGAAGGCAUUUGAACAUCUUGGAAAUGCACUGACUUAUGACCCUACCAACUAUAAGGCAAUCUUGGCCGCAGGCAGCAUGAUGCAGACACACGGGGACUUUGAUGUUGCCCUCACCAAAUACAAAGUGGUAGCCUGUGCUGUUCCAGAAAGUCCUCCACUCUGGAAUAACAUUGGAAUGUGUUUCUUUGGCAAGAAGAAAUAUGUAGCAGCUAUCAGCUGUCUAAAACGAGCCAAUUAUUUGGCUCCCUUCGACUGGAAGAUUCUGUAUAACUUGGGCCUUGUUCAUCUGACCAUGCAGCAGUAUGCAUCAGCUUUCCAUUUCCUCAAUGCAGCCAUCAACUUCCAGCCAAAGAUGGCGGAGCUCUACAUGCUGUUGGCGGUGGCUCUGACGAACCUGGAAGAUACAGACAAUGCCAAGAGGGCCUAUGCAGAAGCAGCUCGCCUGGAUAAGUGUAACCCUUUAAUAAACCUGAACUAUGCUGUGCUGCUGUACAAACGGGGCGAGAAGAGGGGUGCCCUGACCCAGUAUAAGGAGAUGGAGAAGAAAGUCAACCUGCUCAAAGACAGCAACUCUCUGGAGUUUGACUCUGAGAUGGUGGAGAUGGCCCAGAAGCUGGGAGCUGCUCUCCAGGUUAGGGAGACACUGGUGUGGACUAAACCAGUUAAAGAUCCCAAAGCAAAGCACCGGACCACUUCAACAAGCAAACCUGGUGGCUUCCAGCAGCCUCUGGGCUCUAAUCAGGCGCUGGGACAGGCAAUGUCUUCAGCAGCAGCAUACAGGAAGCUUCCCUCAGGUGCUGGAGGACCAUCCCAGCUCACAAAACCACCCUCUCUUCCUCUGGAGCCAGACCCCACUGUGGAAGCACAUCCAAACGAAGCAUCAGCACAAAUAAGAGAAAAAUAGGGGUAGUAGGGCUUUUGUGUGUGUGUGUGAAGAUGUAGCAGAUUAAGAAAGGUUGCGUGGCACAGGCAGAGUGCAGGACAGCAGUUUCCUGGGUGUCAGAGUCAAAACUCCGAAUAAAGGGUGUGUUUGAGGACCAAGGGGAGCCCGAGGCCUGUGCAGCCCCACACUGGCCCUGCCAGCCAGGAACUAGAGAGAAGAUAAUUCUAAGAGGUCCUGCCUAGGACUGAGAACAGGGCACAAGAUACAGUGGCUGUUCAGAGAACUUACCGCCUGGCUUCUUCCUUUGUGGAGGGAAAGUCUGAGACAGAUCUCUACCCAGUAGCCCUGCUGAGGUGAUUCUCAGUCCCCCAAAUCUUGGAUCAGCUCUAAUAGUCUAGAAAAUCAUAGGAAGCUCUAUAUUGAGACCCAUGUUAUUAUCUCAAGCUGCACUUGCCCAAGGGGAAUCCAGAAUAAGUCCUAGUAUCUUGGUUUUUUUGGGGAGUGUCUUACCCCCGAGAGAUUAUGUUAUGAUAAGAAAUAGCAACAAGGGCUGGUCUGGGAUCAGUACCAAUGACUAAAAGGAGUUUCUUAACAGAAAAUAUCAAUGUAUAAUAUGUCCUUUUUAGAAUAAAGAGAUUACAUAUCAUUCCUUUUGGGAAAGUGGUUAUUCAGGUAUAAAAAUGAGAUCACAAUAUAAACUUUAAAAGAACCUAUGAUUACAGUUUCCCUUACCUAUUUCCAAGUGAAGCUUUGCAACCUCCAGACCAGGUUCUUAUUAGUGCCAGGACUACCUCAUUGCAGCCUGUCUUUAGAUUGAAGUGGCAGUUACAUGUCAAAACUUUGAAUUCUCUUAAGCAAUACCCUUGCUCGUGCACUGACAUGAUACAAGCAAUACAGAUACUAGUAAUACAAGUGUUAUUACUAGAAUAAAAGGGGGCAUUUCAUUAGAAAAACACAACACAACAGUUAUGCAAGCCUCUAUCAAUAGAGAAAAUACAUUAAGAACUGAUAAAAUUAUCCAAAAUCAUAAUUGGAUGUCAGUAUUUCCCCUUUCAGCAAUUGGUAGACAUACCAACCAUCUUGACCUGACAUUUAUGUUAACCACCCAGGAGUGCAGAGUACAUUCAGCAAGACAUAUACUAGGACAUAUAAGACAUCUCAAAAGUCCUCCAAAGAUUGGAAUUGGGACUUUGCAAUAUACCUACAUAUCUAGAAAGCCUGGAAAUCUGUUGAUUUAAAGUUGUUAUUACAAGUGUUUAAAGAAAUAAAAAUUAGAAAAUAUUUUGAACUGAAAGGUAAUGAAAACAAAUGGAAGUCUGGAAUUCAUUUAAAAGCAGUGCUUUCAGGAAGUGUAGUUGUAAAUCCAGAAGUUCUAGGAGAAACACCAAAACUCCAGCUACAUUGACAGAGGACAGGAAGAGACAAACUUCCAGUCAGGAAUGAAAGGGAAAAGCAAUGCAGCUUGUGACUACAGACAAGAUAAAGAUGAUCAAUUUUAUGACAAUAGACGCCAAGAAUCAAAAACCUUUGAAAAAUAUAACAUGAUGGAACUGAAAAGGAGGAGUAUAAAAACCUUAAGACCUAUUAAGGAAAUCAAAGCUAUCAUCUAUAAAGCAACUUCUUAGCUGGGGUUAAAUCAAUUCUUGGUUUACUACUUCAAAAUACUUGUGUUAACAAAAUCAAGAAAUAUGGUUUGAGUAGAUUCAGAAAAAGCAAUUUUUAAAAAGACAUCAUACAAUCAGGAUUAGGAGGGUGAGGAUGAGAACUGCAAAGGAUUACCACACUUAGUGGUGAAACACUGACCACUAAGUCAGGACAGAGGGCAAGAUGUCCACUCUUGCUUCCUUUAUUCAGCAUUAUACUUGGGGUAUAUUCCUAACACUGGAGUAAAUCAAUGUUUUUUUAGGACAAAGAAGAGGGCCUUUGGUGGCCUAGGAGUUAAGUCGCAGCACUCACCCCUAAGGCUGUUCUUGAUCCCUGGCCAAGAAACUCA